GGCCGCGCUCGCUAUCCCCUCGCGGAUAAGCCGCCCAUCCCAGCUACGCUUCCCGCGCGUGCAGAUCCCUUAAACCGCCCCUCACCACACGCGCCGUCUCCUCGAUCACCACACGCGCACACGACACGACGCACCAAUGGCGCUCGUCUCCGCCUCCUCCUCCACCACCGCCGUCGCGGCGCUCCCCGGCGCCGCCAGGGCCUCCUCCUUCCUCGGCGGCGCCGGCAGGAGCGGCAGGCUGCUGCUGAGGCAGGCCGAGUCGUCGUCCGCGCGGGCGUCGUUCGCCGUGCGCGCCGCGGCGCCCGACAGGCCAAUCUGGUUCCCCGGCAGCACCCCGCCGCCGUGGCUCGACGGCAGCCUCCCCGGCGACUUCGGCUUCGACCCCCUGGGUCUCGGAUCGGACCCGGAGAGCUUGCGGUGGAACGUGCAGGCGGAGCUGGUGCACUGCCGGUGGGCGAUGCUGGGCGCGGCGGGCAUCUUCAUCCCGGAGUUCCUGACCAAGAUCGGCAUCCUCAACACGCCGUCGUGGUACACCGCCGGCGAGCAGCAAUACUUCACCGACACCACCACCCUCUUCAUCAUCGAGCUCAUCCUCAUCGGCUGGGCCGAGGGCCGCCGGUGGGCUGACAUCAUCAAGCCCGGCUGCGUCAACACCGACCCCAUCUUCCCCAACAACAAGCUCACCGGCACCGACGUCGGGUACCCUGGUGGUCUGUGGUUUGACCCGCUCGGCUGGGGCACCGGCUCGCCGGAGAAGAUCAAGGAGCUGCGCACCAAGGAGAUCAAGAACGGGCGGCUCGCCAUGCUCGCCGUCAUGGGAGCUUGGUUCCAGGCAGAGUACACCGGCACCGGCCCCAUCGACAACCUCUUCGCCCAUCUCGCCGACCCCGGCCACGCCACCAUCUUCCAGGCCUUCACCCCCAAAUGAGGAGUUCUUCAGGUGUUGGAGUGUUAGCAAUGGCUGCCAAUGGAGGAAGAUGAAAAGACUGUUCGUCGACGCGACUUACCUCUCUUUUUUGGGAUCGGAGUAGGCUGUGAAUGGUGGUGGUGUAUUGGGAUGUAAUUGUGGAUGGAGCACUGCAUGCCUUGUUGAUUGUGUACCUGUACUAUGAUGUAACCGAUGUAAAAAACAAGUUGAUACUCUUUUAGAAGUGAAGUUCUCUUCAUCACUGAAUCAGAGUUGUGAUUUAUGUA